UCCACUCCCCAACGCCCACUACUUUGAGUUAUUGUGCACCUCUCUCUCUCUCUCUCUUUCUCUCUCUCUCUCUACUUCAUCUUCAAAGCACCGCCAUAUCUCUUGUUUCAUAACUUGUCUCUGACACUGCUAGUAUAUCGUUUCUCUUUGGAGUUACACUUCCUUUUGUUUUUCUGACAUCCACACAUUUCCUUCUCCUUUGUCUCCUCCACUUACAAUUUUCUUCUCUCUAACUAUUUUGUCACAUAUUCAACACAUUCAAGAUAUGUCUAGCAGAAGGUCGCGGUCCAGGCAAUCUGGUGGCUCAAGGAUCACUGAUGAUCAGAUCAACGAACUUGUUUCCAAGCUGCAGCAGCUCCUUCCUGAGAUUCGCGAUAGGCGCUCUGACAAGGUUUCAGCAGCCAAGGUGUUGCAGGAGACUUGCAGCUAUAUCAGAAGCUUGCACAGAGAGGUUGAUGAUCUUAGUGAGCGGCUGUCUGAGCUGUUGCCAACCACAGACACUGCCCAAGCUGCUAUAAUUAGAAGCUUACUUAUGCAAUAGAGAGAGAGAGAGAGAGAGCUAAUUAAUUAAUUAAGGGCAAUUUAGGAGUUCACUUAUGGCUACCUUUCAUUUUCUUGUUUUGUACUUCUUCCUUUCUUGUUCUUUACAAGGCUACAAU